AUGGACCGUUGGUUAAAAAGUGGUUCGUUAAAACGAGAAAGGCCUACAGAUGAAGAGGAAGAUAAUGCAUUUGAUGUUCAAGCAAGUGGCGUAGCGUUCUACGGCGCGGGCUUCCUGACGAACGCGGCGUUCCUGCAGCUGGCGACCAGGUGGCCGCAGGUGUCGCGGCGCUGGCGGGAGGCGGACGCCGCCCUCGCCGACUACGGCCGCCCCCGGGGGCUGCACGCGCGCCUGCGUCUCACCGCCGCCUCCCUCAUGUGCUUCGCGCUCGUGGAGCACGUGCUGGCCAACAUCACGAACCUGGUGACGUCCGUGACGUGUUCGUCGGGCGGGUUCGACUGGCUGCGCCGGUACUGCGAGCGCGCCUACCCGCAGGUGUUCUCGCUGGUCGCCUACGACCACGGGAGCUGCCUCGUCUUCUGGGCGACCAACGUGAUCGACACGUUCGCGUGGAACUUCAUGGACCUGUUCGUCAUGCUGCUCAGCAUGGUGCUGGCCGCACGCUUCCACCAGCUCAACUCGCGCCUGCACGCCUUGCGUGGAAAGAUGCUGACGCAGAAUGAAUGGCGUCGCCUUCGCGAAGACUACGACACACUCUGCCAGUUGACGAGGGACGUGGACAGCUCCGUCUGCAACAUCGUGCUGCUCUCCUGCGCCAACAACCUGUACUUUAUCUGCCUCCAGCUCUUCAACAGUCUCAAGUAAGUCACUACUACACUACGUACAACCUACUUCUACGUGUCGUUCGCCGUGCUGCUCGGCCGCACCAUCGCCGUGCUCUUCCUGGCGGCCAGGGUCAACGACCAGAGCAAAGGCCCGCUGCCCGUGCUCUUCCAGGUGCCAUCGGACAGCUACUGCGUCGAGGUCGAACGCCUGAUGGACCAAGUUAUCUGGGAUGAAGUGGCUUUCACCGGCUUAAAAUUUUUCUCCAUCACCAGGAAACUGAUAUUAACAGUAGCCGGCACCAUAGCGACGUACGAAGUGGUGCUCUUGCAGCUGAACGACGUGAACGCCUUCAGCAGGACGGAACAGCAGUCCCUCAAUUCGACAGAACCCGUUUGCUCGUAA